AUGGCAAAUGUUGUCCCAAUCUACAAGAAGGGCAACAGGGAUAACCCUGUCAACUACAGGCCUGUCAGCCUCACUUCUACGCCUGGCAAUAUUAUGGAGAAUACUAUUCUGGGAGUUAUUGAAAAAUGUCUGAAUGACAACGUGGUCAUUGAUGACCCUUCUGUUGUAGGACUGCUGAUGGUUGAUGAUCAGCAGGUGCCAGCUGCUACUAUGACAGUGAAUCGCCGGCAAUAUCGCACUGAUCGAGACUCUUUGAUUCCUAUCCAGAAGUUGAUCUGUCAAUUGGAAAGCCAGGGUGUGAUCAGCAGUGGGAUUGAGUGCACCCUCAGCAAGUUUGUGGAUGACACCAAACUGAGUGGUGCCUUUGAUAUGUCUGAGGGGCAAGAUGCCAUCCAGAGGGACCUGGACAAGCUUGAGAAUUGGGCCCGUGCGAACCUCAUGAGGUUCAACAAGGCCAAGUGCAAGGUCCUGCACCUGGAUCAGGGAAACUCCCGGUAUCAAUAUAGGCUGGGGGAUAAAGGUAUUGAGAGCAACCCUGUGGAAAAAGACUUGGGGGAUGAUAUGUGAACAGAGGCUCGUCGAAAAAAUCUGCUCAUUCUAAUUUUGAAUUAUUUAAUGAAUGAAGGGUAUUUUGAUGCUGCAAAUGCCUUGGAACAGGAGACAAAAUUAAGUUUACGUGGCUUUGAAGUUUGUGACAACAUUGAUCUUGAGACAAUUUUGAUGGAAUAUGAAAGCUAUUACUUUGUAAAAUUUCAAAAGUAUCCUAAAAUUACCAAAAAGGUCCUGGACACUGUGGAAAAUAAACAACAGCUGAGAACUAGAGGAAGACCAAGAAGGGCAGCAAACUCUUCUCAGAAUCUUCCAAGGCUUAAACAUCAGACAGUGCAACGACCAUUGUCAAAAACUUCACUUGGGACUACAACAGAAUUUAAAUCAUCCACCAAGGAGAGCCUCAAACAGAAUAACAACAGUGCGGUUACUCUGGAGCAAUCUGACUUUGGCUUAAGCAUCUCGGCAAUCAACAAAUUUGGAGGAGACAGUGUUCACCCAAGAAGGGGCCAAGUAAUCGACUACCAUGGGAUAGUUCAGGAUGCUCUCAAAGUAUCAUCAAAUGGAAUAGCCUUGAACAGCCUUAAUUGUGAUCCAGAUCCAUCAAAUAGAAUCUUGAAAGUGCUCAGUGCUUCUCUGGGUCAGAGUGGUACUGAUUUGGGUGUGGAGUGGAGCCAAGACAUUUAUCUCCAUAAUCCAAAUGUGAAGUGGGAUGACAUUAUUGGACUGGUUGCAGCUAAAAGGCUGGUCAAGGAAGCAGUUGUUUAUCCCAUAAGGUACCCCCAGCUGUUUACAGGAAUUCUAUCUCCUUGGAAAGGAUUAUUACUCUAUGGACCACCAGGUACUGGAAAAACUUUGCUGGCUAAGGCUAUUGACACAGAAUGCAAUACAAUGUUUUUCAACAUAUCAGCAUCCACCAUUGUCAGCAAUGAUUCAGAAAAACUUGUCCGGGGCAAUUUCAAGAGAGCACAACGCCACUACCUUCUGGACCUGACUCCUGACAGCUAUGAGAAUGACCCUUCUGUUGUAGGACUGCUGACGGUUGACGAUCAGCAGGUGCCAGUUACUACCAUGACAGUGCAUCGCCGGCAAUAUCGCACCAAUCGAGACUCUUUGAUUCCCAUCCAGAAGUUGAUUUGUCAACUGGAAAGCCAGGGUGUGAUUAGAAAACAUCAAAGGUGGAAAGCUGCUGUGUGGAGUCCCACGCGACAAAUUACAGAAGCCACUGAAGGACAAGGUGAAUCUAGUCAAUUUGCAGAAGUGAAAGCCAUCCAGCUGGCUUUGGACAUUGCUGAACGAGAGAAGUGGCUAGGGAUCAACCAGUCGAGCGGGCCUGCCCAAUCAGAAAUUCUACAGACUGUAGAAGGAGAUAAAGUCCCUGUAGUACACAUGAAAAAUAUGUUAGGAAAGGCAGUCUGGGUUACUCCUGCCUCAGGCAAAGGCAAGCCCAUUCGCGGGAUUGUUUUUGCCCCGGGAUCUGGCAGCACCAGUGGUGAACACGAAGGAAGUUGGUGGAUGAAAACAGAAUUACUGGUGCAGAUGGAUGGCUUGGCCCAAUCUGAUGAUCUUGUAUUUGUUUUAGCAGCUUCCAAUCUGCCAUGGGAGUUAGAUUCUGCCAUGCUGCGGAGGUUGGAGAAAAGGAUUUUGGUCGAUCUCCCAAGUAAAGAGGCAAAACGGGUGAUGAUCUAGCACUGCAACAACGGAGGAGUGGAGCUAAGAAUGGACCUGGACUACAGCUUGCUGGGCCAGGAAAUGGAUGGGUACUCCAGCUCCAACAUAAAACUCGUGUGCAAGGAAGCGGCUAUGAGACCAGUGAGGAAAAUUUUGAAUGCUCUUGAAAAUCAUCAGCCAGGUAACAGUAACUUACCUGUGAUCCAAUUAGACACGAUCACAACAGCAGGCUUCCUUGAUAUGAUCGCCCACACCAAGCUAUCAGUAAAAAACUUCAGCCAGAAGUACAAGGCUUGGCAAAGAGAAUUCGAGUCAGUUUGAAAAAAAAAAAAAAAAAAGAUUAAAAACUUCCAAGACUUUCACUACUCAAAAUGGCAUUGCCUCGUCUCCAGAGCAUCAAACGGUGAAGGAGAAGGAAGUGCCGUUGUUUCCAGAAAAGAAAAUGUCAGGGGAAAAUCUAUCUUUACUUUGAAAAUUUAAGGCAGGUGGGGAGUGGUGCUUUGUUUUUUCUUUGCCAUUUUCAAAAAAACAUUCUUCAUGGAAAUAAUGUGUCCUGGUUUUGCUAAAAAACAAGUUUCUCUUUUAGUGAAUUUUGCCUGUCAGCUAAAGCCUUCAUAUUAGCUGCAUUUUCCUGGAGAACCAGACACAUGUUUUGGUAAACAUAGCAAUGGAAUGCAAACAUUGAUAAGCACAGAUGGACAUCUCGCGAGAGGGGCAACGAGAAACAGGUGACCAAGAAACUGACCAACUGUGUAUAACAUUCCAUUCACAUGAAUACUUCAUAUAAAAGUGGGAGAUCAUGAGGAUCUUGUCCGUUCUACUUAUGGCCGACAUUAGGAGAGGACCUUGCUAGUCGUCCCUGCAAACUGAGGCCUAGUGACAGACUGAAUCCAGCUCCGGUUGGCUGCAGAGUCCAAUCCAGGACUUUGGUUGCCGGCUCUGCAGUUGCUGAGACUUUCAAGAUUGGUUUUGUAUAUUUUGUAUUAUUUUCUCUAUUCUUAUUAGUAGCAUUAGUAAAACAUUUUUAAUUUUUUCCAA